AUGGAAGACAGCGAUCUUUUAUACAAUUCCAAGAUUCUUUCUUACACAAACGAGGCUGUGUUUUCAUUGUUACUUCUAAUGUUUGCUAUCUGGAGAUCCACCAGAAGCACCAUUCCCAGCUACAACAUAUUCAGGGGAAAGCUAAGAAGCCUUGGAUCCAUUUUCUCAUUGACAUCUAUAUUUUUUUCUAGCACUUGCAUAUGCAUAAUAGCGUAUCUUAGUACCAAACUCGAGAUAGACAAACCAAGUAUAGAGCUUGUUGGAGGGCUUAAUGAAAGUUAUCCGAUAAUAUACAAGGGCAUCAAGGUUGACUUGGCGUAUCUUCUGAACAUUUCACUUAUUGGUUCGAGGAUUUUGAGGAUGUCCUCUGUGUUUUUGCUGAUCGGAUUAUGGGGGCCUUGUGCAUAUUCAGUAUUCAAUGGAGGCGAUAGAUCCUUUGACAUAUUUAAAACUAGUUCGGCUGGAACGAGGACCUUUGUAGCAAGGUCGAUGUUCAAUACAUCCGUUGUCACAUUUGCUAAGAUGUAUGCGAUCCUAAGGGUACCUGCUCUUCUGUAUUACUACUAUAGCAGAUCAAGGCUGAUGGGGGAAAAGACAGCAGUUUUUUUAGAGUCGUUUCUCCUCGGGAGUGAAGUAUACCUUUCCGUGGCAUUGCUUUUAAUACUCCGAACGAAACAUAGCUUUCUAUCUGAGUACAAGUCUCUUGACAGCACAAACCUGCUAAGUUUCUGCCUUAUGCUUCAUGGGUUUCUUACCUAUACCAUAAACACGGUUGCAAUCCCGUUUGAGAUGACUGACUUGCAUUAUCAGAUCGAGCAAAGUCUAAGCUUUGGAGCCAGGCUGAUACUUGAUAUGCUCCUAAUAUCUAUGUUUUGCCCGAUUAGAGACCAGCUAUUCGACAACUUUUCGGACAGAUAUGAAAAGAAUCUUGAGAUAACAAGGGUUGCACGAUUAGAAGACUCUGGGCCCAUAGUCCAGGAGAUCGAAAGUGUUAUUGAAUUUGAAGAAAAAGAAGUAGGCAAAUAA